AUGGCACCAAAUGUCGAAGAAAGCGGAGUACUAAUACUAGCGAGAGAGGACACCGAUACUGGUGCAGCCCAAGAGCCUCAAACGGAUAAUUUAUGGUCGCUGAAAUGGACAGUGGGUGAUGGAUGGUGGCAUCGUUCAAGCUACACCGGCGCCCUUCUUUUCAACGUAGCAGCGUUUAUCCUUCCAGCUCUAUACAGUACUCUCGUGAAGAUAUGGAUCGCCAACAUCGACUCCUCCCUGGUCGUUACGACCGACGUCUACACCUACAUCGGGACAGUGGCGGAGGUGCUGAACGAAGGCCUUCCACGGGCAGUGUGGGUUACAAUUGCAGACAAAGAGGCUCGCUCGUUCAAAGCACGCCUCGGGCUUGCCCAUACCCUCCUUGUCUUCCAGUCGAUCCUCGGCCUGAUCAUGAGCAUUGCCUUUGCAGCCGCAGCCAGAUCAUUCUCCGCGGCGUUUGUGCCCCACGACGUGCGCGAAGCCAGCAUCACGUACGUUCGAAUCAGCGCCUUCUCGGCCUUCAGCUCCGCCAUCGAAGUCGCAGUUUCCAACGCCACGCGCGCUCUCGAUAAACCGGACGUCCCCUUCUUCAUCAGCUCCGUCAAAAUCGCGAUCAACAUCAUCCUUGACUUGCUCAUCAUCUCCAAGUUUCACGUCGGCAGCUGGACGCCGGAUAUUAACGUACAGGCUGGUAUUCGCCUAACUUGCGAUCUCGUUGCUGCUGCUGCUGGAUUGCUGUACUUUUUCGGCACUACAAGCAUAGAGCGAAUUGGGCGUCGGCUGCACUGGAAAAGCGAGAUGCCCACUGUGGCUGCAUUCCUCGUUCUACUCAAACCAGGGUCUUUUACAUUCAUUGAAUCGGCUGUUCGAAAUGCGCUCUAUCUCUGGCUCGUCUCCGGAGUCGUCGCCAUGUCCGCGGACUAUGCUACCGCAUGGGGAGUCUUCUCAACUAUCCGCUGGGGACUGAUCAUGGUGCCGAUCCAAGCCCUGGAAGCAACGACUCUAGCUUUCGUCGGUCAUGCCUGGGGCCAGCUGAAACAGAAGGAAGAUGGACGUCGCCGGUCAUGGACAAACUCUUUGCAGUACGGAACCCCGAGCCCGGUCAUCCGGCCCGCGAUUCUCUCCGUCGCCAUUGUUCUGGUGAUUGAAAUCCCGCUCCUGAUAUUCAUGUCGCUAUUCGGCUGCGAGCGCUUCGCCUUCUGGCUCAGUCAAUCGGAGCGGGUAUCAGACAUCGUGACGCACAUGUGGCAUACUAUCGACUGGUGCUACAUUCUCUACGGAAUCUCGACCCAACUCGCCGCCAUCCUCCUCGCGACCCGGACGUCAUGGUACCUAGGCCAAUCCCUCAUCUCGAAUCUCUUCUAUGUUCUUCCCUGGGCAAUCGUAUGCCAGGUAGCACACUUGGACGCGGAUAAUGCAUGGACAUACCACAGCCUGGUGUUUGGUGGGAGCUUAGUGUUCAGCUUUGGCGAGAUUCUGAUCGUGGAUGCGUUUUGGGCAUGGCGAUUUUUGAGGGGGAAGCUAUCUGCUCACAAGGUUUAG